CAGUAAGUCGGGAAGUGCAGUGCACUGACGUUUCUUGUUGAGUGACCAUGUGAUCUUGCUUGUAUCAUGUGACUUGUAGUAUGCAUGUGGUACGGAAGUGUAGUGUGAGGUGAUCAUCAUAUUCCCAGGCCAAGGCCAACAACAGACACCAAACAUGGCGAAUCCAACUACUCCGUCUAUCUUUUCUUACGACACUUUAGUACACGCAGUGUCAGGGGCAACUGGCAGCACAAUAGCGAUGUCAGUUUUCUACCCUUUGGAAACGGCAAGAUCAAGGUUACAAAUUGAUGAGAACAGAACAGCUAAACACACACCGUAUGUUGUUGCUGAGAUAGUGCAAGAUGAGGGAGUAGCCUCAUUGUACAGAGGAUGGUACCCAGUGAUAUCAAGUUUAUGGUGCUCCAACUUCGUCUACUUCUACACCUUCAAUGGACUCAAGGUGGCGCUAGGUGACAUCAUGAAAUCAAAGAAGGCUGUCAGGGAUCUACUAAUAGGAAUAUCAGCUGGUGUGGUCAAUGUCCUAGCUACUACUCCCAUGUGGGUCGUCAAUACUCGUCUCAAGAUGCAGGGAGUUCAAUUCAAGACGAAGCACUUCAGGGAGUCCAAACAUCCCAAGUACAGUGGCAUUAUGGAUGCCUUUGAGAAGAUCAUAGAUCAAGAGGGUGUACAAGCACUAUGGAGUGGUACCAUCUCCUCUCUCAUGCUCGUUAUCAAUCCUGCUAUUCAUUUUGCUGUCUAUGAGGCUCUUAAGAGAUACCAUAGCAGAAUCUUCGACAGAAAGGAACCCUCUGUUCUUCAAUUCUUCUUGAUUGGUGCUCUGGCUAAGACCAUGGCUACACUGUGUACAUACCCACUGCAGGUCGUCCAAUCAAAGCUCAGGUAUGGUAAGGAGAAAGAGACACACAAGGGAAGCAUGAUCAGGAAUAUAGGAGCUGUCCUCACACACAUUAUAGCAACUCAAGGAAAGUGGGGGCUGUACAAAGGACUAGAAGCCAAGCUCCUACAGACAGUACUCACCGCUGCUCUUAUGUUCCUCUGCUAUGAGAAGAUAUCCAGAUUUAUCUUCGUCAUCUUGAGAGCAAACGGUGUUAAAAGAUGAUCUUUAUAAUGGUAUCUUCUGUUAUUGUACUGGUGAAUAGAAAUCAUGUGGAACUGUCCAAUAGGAGCUUAGGUGGGCCAUACAUGAAUGCCUUUUAUUUCCAAUGUUCAGGCCUAGAAGUAAUCCUUUGGACUUUCAUUUUUAUAUUUUUAGCUGGUUUUAAUGCUGCCUUCAUAAGGCCUGAAUUCUCAAAUUAUUAGUAUAUAACUAUUAUCAUUUGUUUUAUAAUCUACUUUACUACAUCUAAUUUAGAAUGGUGAAUGUGUAUGCAAUGGAUCUGGUUUGAUUUUAUGGACACUGAAGUACAUAACAUCGUGUGUGAUUACUUGUGUUGAAUACAGGUAUAAUGUCAAUGUUAAAUUGAGAUAUUGAAAGUGAUCUCAAAAGAAUCUUCACACCACAUCAAAUAUAAAAAGGACUUGGGUUGAGUUUCUAAUUAAUCAGAUUUCUUAGUUGAUCUUUGCAAAUUUGCAAAAAUGACAGGUAGUCCUGGUUUUACAAUAAGGUGAUAAGAUAUUCUAAAAGUACCAUGAAAUGCGUGCUAUGUAUAAAGUCUCAAAAACAGAACCUCAUAAAAUGUUGACUUGCCAUGUAAGUGACAGGGUAAUGUACUAUUAGUUGGUUCAGACAGAGUGCAAUACUGAAUACAAUUCAGGCCUCAGCUAAUGUUUUCCGAGUUAUUUCACUUUUCUAUGAAGACCUUGUUUUUACAUGUAUGUCAGAUUUUGUGUGUAGCUCCUUGCAUCCUGAUAAUCCUUUGCAUUUAUUUCAUACACCAAAUUUAAGUAAUAUGUCGUGAAAUAAUUGUUAAGGUAUAGAUAUAUGACAUUGCAAACUUACGCAAGUUUAUUUGCUCUCUUGUUCUUAGGGUAAAUGUAUUGAUAUUGUUUUGAUUUGCCUCAGAUAUUCUGUUCAUUUGCUUUGAACUAAGUAACUUCAGAGAUGAUAGAAUAACUAUGCAUCUACAGUUGAAAUAUGCUUUUGAUCCAGAUUUAACAAAAGUGUUUAAGAUGACUAGAAAGUUGACCAAAUUAUGCAAAUGUAUUCCAGAUUGUAGAGCUAUCACCAAUUAACACUGCACCAGCUAGAAACCAGCGAGAUUAGGGCGACGUUCCCGGUUUUGAGUUUUUUGGGUGACGGUCGUGGUUUUGAGGAGAAGAAAAAAGAGAGAAAUCCGACCGACCCAGGUUCUGGCACCUGAAGGGAAAUACAACACCUUUUUUUAGGCCUUAUUGUACACACUUAACAUCGAAUAAAACAUCAACAAUAUACACCACCAUCUUAUGGGCAGAUUUUCUUGAUGUAUUGAGAACCGUAUAAAACUGCAUCAUGGCUAUAGCUUGGGUAUUAAUGAUGUUAUGCCUUAAAGCCCCACUGUCCUACUUGUAGCUACUUGCUCCCUCUAUAUAGAAAACUUCCCCAAUCGGUGCCUGUUGAUCCCCAUUUCUUAUGUUAGUUGAGAGCUGAGUUAAUGAGAUAGCCACCUGUCAGUGACCUCGCUGUGUGGUCUAAUCCCCUCUGGCCCAGUAGUAUUGACGGUCUUUAAAUAACCGAUACUUUAAACAUCCUUGGGGUGAACAUUA